UUAUUCUCGUGAUGUUAUGCUACGAAGAUCAGCUGGUUGAGGUUUAAGAGUUAAGGAUUUCAUGAAGGAAGUCCUGCCCAUUCCCCAACUUGUUUGCUACUUGUUUGUUGGCUAAAUUUUUUUUUACUUGUAUUUUGUUGUUGCCUUCUCUUUAGCUGAACUUAGUAGUUUUGAGGAAGAGUUAUGGUCUUGGUAUGUUUCUAUUAUUGGUGUCAAGUGCUGUGUUAGGUGGUCCAUCUCAUGGGCACUGUUGGUUGUAAUUUGCUGAUGUCUUGUAGUGGUGGUCUUUGUAUCAGUAUUAUGUACUAUUUUCUCUUAAAAUCUUAAGCCAUAGGAUGGGUUUUUUGGGAUGGUCUAUUUUAGAUUUUUACUUGAAGAAAAAAAUCUUGGACUUCUUAUGCAGUUCAGUUAAGAAAUAAUCUCCAAAAGGCAAAAAUGGUUCCGCCUCCUACUCCUCCUCCUGCUAUUACUCCUCAUGUAUUAAUCUAUCCUUUCCCUGCCCAGGGCCAUGUUAGCCCUAUGCUCAAGCUAGCCGAGCUUUUAAGCCUUGCCGGUCUCAACAUUACCUUCCUAAAUACGGAGCAUAACCAUGAACGCCUAACCCGUUUCACAGAUGUUGAGGCCCGUUUCGCCAAGUAUCCAGGAUUCCAUUUCACGACUAUGCCUGACUGCUUGCCUGUAGAUCACCCCCGUACGAGUUUAAUAGAUGUGCUUGAAUCAUUGCAAUUGAACAGUAAGCCAAUUUUCAAACAACUGCUGGUUGAAACUAGGCCACCGAUUAACUGUAUCAUUGGAGAUGGGGGAUUUCAUCUUGAUAUUGCAAUUGAACCUGGAAUUCCAAUUAUUCGUUUCCGUACCGUUAGUGCUUCUUGUUUCUGGACUUACUUUUGUGUUCCUGAUAUGAUUGAAGCUUGCGAACUUCCCAUCAAAGGAAAAGAAGACAUGGACAGAAUCAUAACAAAAGUGCCAGGCAUGGAGACCUUUCUCCGAUGCCGAGAUCUUCCAAGUUUCUGCCGAGUUAGCGACAUGACGGACCCCCAUCUCCUAAUGAUGAUGAACGAGACACGGCAAACCCCCCAAGCACAAGCCCUCAUCCUCAACACCUUCGAAGACCUGGAAGCGCCAAUACUAUCCCAAAUCCGCAAUCACUGCCCCAAAACCUACACCAUUGGACCCCUCCACGAGCUCUUGAAGACCAAACUUAUUAACGUAAAGAUGCAAGAAUCAUAUCAAUCCUCAAAUAGUCUCCGAGAAGUGGACAGGAGCUGCAUCACUUGGCUGGAUACUCAACCUUCACAAUCUGUGAUCUACAUUAGCUUUGGGAGCGUUGCGGUAUUGACAAGAGAGCAGCUCAUGGAAUUUUGGCAUGGAAUUGUUAAUAGUAAGAAGCGAUUCUUGUGGGUAAUAAGGCCUGACUCUGUUACUACUAAGGAUGGUGAUGCUGAAAAUUUUCCUGAGGAGCUUGAGGAAGGUCCCAAGCAAAGAGGAUACAUUGUCAAAUGGGCACCGUAGGAAGAGGUUCUGGAGCAUAAGGCAGUCGGUGGGUUUCUAACACAUAGUGGAUGGAACUCCACCAUGGAGAGUAUAGUGGCAGGGGUUCCCAUGAUUUGCUGGUCUUUUUUUGGAGACCAGCAAGUGAAUAGCCGGUUUGUGAGUGAGGUUUGGAAGCUAGGACUGGACAUGAAAGAUGUGUGUGAUAGAGGGGUUGUGGAGAAGAUGGUGAAUGAUCUGAUGGUGGAUAGGAGGGAUGAGUUUGUGAGAUCAACGGCUAGGAUGGCAGAGUUGGCAAGGAAAAGUGUGAGUGAAGGCGGGGCCUCUUCUUGCAAUCUGAAUCGUUUGAUUGAAGAUAUAAGGCAGAUAAGUUUGCAAGCAAAUGAUAAUCGACAGAGAGCUUCCUGAUCUAAAGUGUGGAGCUUUCGUUUAUCUUAAUUAUUUUUAUUAAUCAGUCAUUUUGAUAUAUGAUAAUGCUCCACUUUCUUGGUGUUUAGUGACAAUUAUAUGAUUAAUAAAAGCUUGGCCGCGGAAGCCGGCCACUUUCAGCUUUCA